CUGGCCGUGCUGGGGAAAGCAGCCCUCGGCGUCCCCGCUGGUCCAGGCGUCACCCAGCCACAAUGGUAAACCGCCCCGCAGGCUUCUUUUCUCUUGCCAUCACCCUUUGCAUCCUGCUGGGAGAAGGUAUGGGCCGUCCUCCCCUUGAGUCCCACCUAGCCGCAACCAGCAGCAGGCACCCCAGGACAAAGAGGUGUUCCUGCAACAGCUGGCAGGACAAGGAGUGCAUUUACUUCUGUCACCUGGAUAUUAUCUGGGUCAACACCCCAGGACAAACUGCUCCCUAUGGCUUGGGAAGCCCGCCAAGGCGUCGCAAGAGAUCACUGAACAGGUGUGAGUGCUCGCACUCCAAGGACCACAUCUGUGCUACCUUCUGCCAGGCAAAGCGCUGGUGAGCCCAACAGGUCCCUGGGGUGGGUCUGGGAAAGGGCUGAUACCACCCCCCCUUCUAUCCCAGUGCAGGUCAAGGGAUGCUUUGCAAAGGAGUGGUUGAGAUUCCAGGCUCCGAGUGAGGAGAUGAACUAAUUCCUUAGACUCCCCGAUGGCUGCACUGUUCUCUGGCAGCAUCUGGAACUUGUCUAGUGGCUUUUACACGCUCCCAGAGAAGCCCUGGCAUAGGGUCACAAGCAUGUUUCUGUUCAUACAAUAGUCUCCUUACUGCUUGGUAGAAAACAAUGUUACCUCUGUCGCUGUGGUGGCAGCACACGUGAGGCAGUGCUGGCUUGUGUAGUGGUGGAGUGAUGCCGAUCACAUGGGAGGGGGUGAGCAGAACCACCGUGAGGCGCACGGGAGGGUUAUCCAGAGACUCCCGCUCCUAGGGGCAGUAGCUUCCUUCGGGUGUGUUGCAGGGGAGGAGAAAAAGUCGUCCGUUGAAGGAGCACCUGCUUUCCUUACCUCUCAGAAGAGCUAGAUCUAGAUUUUUAAAAAGCUGCUUGUUUUUUCUGCUAGCUUCUCUUGGGGGAAAUCCAGAUAUAAAUAUUCACUCUCCCCUCAGCCCAUUCUGCCCUGGAAUGGAGCUGGCUUGGAGAUACCCAAAUCUUCUGCUAUGCGAAUGGCUGCUAGCACACAUGCAAUGUUCAGAAGCAUAAAGCCUGCUGCAGGAAGUGUGUACUGUACUGUAGGCAGUCAUUGUGGGCUUCUAGUCUGAAGUGGGACAACUUAAAAGCAGUAUAAGGAUGUGCUUAAAUUGCAAAGUGCUAGGAAGGGCCACUGUCUUUCACUUGCUAUCUAACAAAUCCUCAGAAAUAAAACUGGCUAGAAAUAUUUCCAGGGAACGGAGUGGGAUCUGAAAGGAAAGGGAGUCUAACAGUGACACUGCAAGCUGCUGCCAGAAAUGGCAGGGGAUUAGUGCUUUCAGCCCUCUAAUAGAGCGAUGUGCUCCUUCCACUCCACAUGUUCUCUCCUUGCUGAAAGUGAGGGGCUAACGUGCUUGUGUUGUCUUGGC